AUGAAUUUUCUUGGUGGUCUCAGUAACAGGUGGACUAUUGCUGUUACGUUUGGAGCCACAGGUAGCACUCUUAUGACCAUGGCAAUAGUUGGAAAAGGCGGUAUCUCGGUUGUCCCAUCUGAAUCUCCCUGGAUAAAAAGUAGGUAACUAUAACGCUAUUAUGAUCGAAUUUCUUAGCGGUGUUGGCAGUAAGAAUCAUCACGGAGCCUUUCCUAGGAAGAGCUUUGAAAUAAAAAGUACAGUAACACAUGUAAAGCAUAUACCCUCAGAAAUCUAUCUGUCAUGCGCAUAAUGCACGAUGAAUGUCUGAUGCAGGUUCCAUUAAAUUGCUCUGUAAUAAGAAGCUAAACCCUUGUGGUCUCCAAAGUACAACACUAUCAUCACAACAAGCGCAUGGCCAUAUUACUAAAUGUUUCAUUUAAACCUGUAAUAACAUCCCAAAAGUCAAAACGAAAUCAUUAUAUAGAGGUAAAAUAAGGCUUGGAAAACAAACAAAACCAAAAUUUAAACAAGUUAGCCAAACAUGAAUUGAAUAAAAAUUGAUAGCAAAAACGAAACAAGUAGACAAGAACACACCCACACAAAAAUAACCUCUGCAAGGAGACAACCAAAGCUAGGAGACUGAACCAAAAGUAUUUUAGAGAAACGACAAAGUAAUUACAAAAACCUAGAAUUUAAAGAGUUCCUUUAUGGUAAUUGAAGAAGUAUUUGAGGUCCAAGAAUCCUUGAUUAAAACUUCGAGCAUUUCUUUCUUUCUAUUUACUCAGUUAUUGACGUUUUUUUGGCUGUCCUCCUUUGUACAAUACUAUUCUAUCCAUAUUUUGUCUGCCUCACAACUGAAUACAAGUUCGUUGGUUCUAUCCUUGGCUUUCUUUAUGGUGUGUUGAGGUGUGUAUAUGAGUAUUGUCCUAUAUUAUGAGAUUUUUUACACUAGUUAGUGAUGUCAGAUUUCAUCUACAUCGGUAGGACGGUGUAGAAAUUCCGGUCAUCUCAAUUUUUUUUUUUUUUAAUGCUGGGUGUUUUACUUGAAACUUCAAAAACGCUUUUGACAUUAGUUCUCAAUUACAUCAGUGAGUUGAAAACCAGCGAUUGCAUGGAAUAUGAACGUUCAUUUUGGGUUUGGGGCUAAAAAAAAUCGGAACUCCUCGAAGUUGAUGCAGGUUUCUUUACAGUAAACACGCUGAGUACUAUGCUUAGCGUACAUAUAUUGGAUUAUAGGUGCACGCUGGAAGUUUGCAGAGCACGAGAGAUGCGUAAGACUUGCUCGAGGCGCAGCCGAAACCAAGUCUAGCUUCUCGAGUAAAAGUUUUGAAUUUUUUAUUGUAUGGUUUGAAAAUCAAAAUCUUCUAUUCGAAAAUAGUGAACCGUUCGAAAAACGUACGAAAAAACUACAAAUUUCUUGGAUUUACAAGACCAGCGUGGUAGAUUUACGCGCUUGAGUUGUUUUGGAACAUAUCAACACUUCAAAAUAAUAUUUACCAUUCUAAUGAAGAGUGCCUAACGCCACAAAGCCUUAGCUGAGGUGAGGAAACUCAGUUUUGUUUUCGGCCAUAAUUCGCAUCGCGUGUGGGAAUGAAGUAUCGUCAACUCGAACACUAAUUUCGUCGCUUGAAAGAGCUACAUGCUCAUUGUAAUGCGACGCGAGUUUGUUUAGCAUAUUUUCUUUUCAUCUUGAGCUGGAAAAGGUCCAUGUCUAUUGCGAUAAAACGGAAGAAAUCUUGAAAGUUUUGAAAGCUCGCGGCUAAGCUCGAUCGACGGGAACUUUUAGCCGAAGUGAAACCGCAAACGUCAUGUUAUGGAUGCACGGCUGUGCGUACAUAAAGAUUUUUACCAUGGUAGCUUUUUAGGAAUUACGAAGGACUUGAGCGCGCUAUGUAGGCCAGAUGAUAGGCAACUAAUUGACUUUCAUGGUUUCUUUCAGGUUUUCUUUCCAACUUGCUACACAGAUACGUUGCCACGUUGCGUAUAAGGUAUUAAUUUUGGAAUGCAUCAACAAGCAUGAAGUACUUGUGUUUCUUUAUGAUCACGCAGAUAAAGCUGCUUGCUAUGUUUUUAUGAACGACUAAAACCUAAGGGGAUGAAUUACAGAGAAAGAGUUAAGUCAUCCAAAAUACUAAUAUAAUACGUGGAUAAAUUUUGCUAUAUAUUUGUUUUAUGUAGAAAGGGCUGGAGAGCACUCCCCGGGAAUGUUUUUUUCGCUGUUGUUUCGAGUGCCAUUAUUGCAGUUGGCUAUAAAUUAGAUUUUAAUGUGUCAUGGAACAAAAUUAUGGCCUUUAUGUCUUUACUUACUAAUGUAUUUCUUUUCCUUUUAGAAAACAGGAUCCUAUGGAAUGUUUCUUAUUUAUAACCUGCCUACAACACUGUGCCUUAUCUUUAUAACAGCGCGAUUUGCUUUCCUUAUUGUUCGACGAGUUAGACAGAUGUGGUCUGUAUAUUCUACAGAGUCAGCUGUAAGUUAGAGUUGCAUACAUGUAUGUUUUCCUCCCUUUACAGCAAGUACAGAAGUGUGUAAUUUUUGCAUGUGUCUUCGACUGGCUGGAGUUUUUAGAUCAUUCACUGUUUAGUUAAGCACGGCGAGGCAAUAAUAACAUCAUAAAAUUCAAAGGAGGGUGUGGAGCAAGGUUUCAAUGACGCUUUAAAAUCGAAAUAAAAAAGAAAAUUACAAAAUAUCAUGAGAUCUGGGAGUAUUCAAGACUUUAUAAACAAACAGGAGAAAAUGGCAACAGGAAGGUACAAAUUUAAAGGAUUGAAUGUAUUGGUAACCGUCCCUUAAAUCUUUUUCUCUAGGGAAAGGACUCCUGCUCCCGCUCACUGGCUCAUGAUGCUGACGUUGUUCACGUGAAGUUCAUUUUAGGGCAAAAACUUCCAAUGUAAAAUAUCUUUUUAAAGCUCCAAAAGUUGGUCCUCUAAACAAGCUCUUGUUUAGUGUACGACUAAAAACGGUUAAAUUUCACUAUCUUUCAUUGUCCUUGUCUUGAUUUGUUUUGCCUUAGUCCUUGUCCUUCUCUUUGUUUUGUCCUUGUCCUUGUCUUUGACCUUGUCUUUGUCCUUGGCUUUGUCCUUGCUCUUGUCCUUGUCCUUGUCUUUGUGCUUCUAUUUUGUCUUUUUUCCUUUGCUUGUCCUUGUCCUUGUCUUUGUGUUUGUGCUCAUAUUUUCUCUUUUUUCCCAUCCUCGUCUUUGUCCUAGUCCUUGUCCUUUUGCUUGUCUUUCUCCUUCUCCUUGUUUUGUCCUUAUCCUUGUCCUUGUUCCUGUCCUUGUCUUUGUCUUUGUCUUUAUCUUUGUCUUUGUCUUUGUCUUUGUCUUUGUCCUCAUCCUUGUCCUUGUCCUUGUCCUUGUCCUUGUCUUUUUCGUUGUCCUUGUCGUUGUCUUUGUCAUUGACCUUGUCCUUGUACUUUUCUUUCUCCUUCUCCUUGUUUUGUCCAUGUCCUAGUCCUUGUCCUUGUUUUUGUCUUUGUCCUAGUCCGUGUCCUUGUUUUUGUCUUUGUCCUUGUCCUUGUCCUUGUCCUUGUCCUUGUCCUUGUCCUUGUCCUUGUCCUUGUCCUUGUCCUUGUCCUUGUCCUUGUCCUUGUCCUUGUCCUUGUCCUUGUCCUUGUCCUAGUCCUAGUCCUAGUCCUUGUCCUUGUUUUUGUCUUUGUCCUUGUCCUUGUCCUUGUUCUUGUCCUUGUCCUUGUUUUUGUCUUUGUCCUUGUCCUUGUCCUUGUCCUUGUCCUUGUCCUUGUCCUUGUCCUUGUCUUUGUCCUUGUCCUUGUUUUUGUUUUUGUCUUUGUCUUUGUCCUUGUCCUUGUCCUUGUCCUUCUCUUUGUCCUUGUCCUUGUCCUUGUCCUUGUCCUUGUCCUUGUUUUUGUUUUUGUCCUUGUCCUAGUCCUUGUCCUUGUUUUUGUCCUUGUCCUUGUCCUUGUCCUUGUUUUUGUCCUUGUUUUUGUCCUUGUCCUUGUCCUUGUUUUUGUCUUUGUCCUUGUCCUUGUCCUUGUCCUUGUCCUUGUCCUUGUCCUUGUUUUUGUCCUUGUCCUUGUCCUUGUCCUUGUCCUUGUCCUUGUCCUUGUCUUUGUCCUUGUCCUUGUCCUUGUCCUUGUCCUUGUCCUUGUCUUUGUCUUUGUCUUUGUCUUUGUCUUUGUCUUUGUCUUUGUCUUUGUCCAUGUCCUUGUCCUCGUCCUCGUCCUCGUCCUCAUCCUCGUUUUCUCCAUGUCCUUGUCCAAGUCCUUCUCUUACUCCUUGGUUUGUCCUUGUUCUAGUGCCUUUGUCUUUGCACUUGACCUUACCUGACCUGACCUGACCCGACUUUAGCCUUAGCUCUUGCCCUUAUCCUCCAAGUCCCUGUCCUCGUCCUUUUCCUUCUCGUCAUGGUGAGCUAUAGAUCAGAAUAAGAGUUAUUGUUAUUGCCAGCAGUGUCGUCUUCGGAAUUUUUUUAGAUACCCGGACAAGACAGAGUGGUAUUGGAAGGUCUUCUACUUUUUUUAUACACCAAGACAAGGUGUGUAUGGUAUUCCAUUAUAACAUAAACAAUUAACGUUUGUAUUUUCAGUCGAUUUAUUGGUUUUUACUUCAUGAUUUUCAAUCGUAUAUAGGCCCUGAUUCAUUUAUCAUUUUGUUUAUUUAUUUCCAUAUUUUUUUUAAUAACGAGCUUAAAACUAGACUUAGAGAUUGGACUCAUGACAUGAACAACUUGCAUGAUUUCAGAUUUCAAGUUCUCCACUCAGUUGAUAUCAACAGUGUUUCUCGUCGGGAUAGUUGUCUUUGAAGUAAGUACUCAGUGUAUCAGAAGAUGCCUUGUCUAUCGAUAUGGAAUUGGAGUUAUUUAUUCUCUGCAUUUUGAUUUGUCUUUGGCAAGGAUUCAAGUUUUAUAACAGACACGAGUGUGUAUAUUAAUUACUUAUUAUCUAUAAAAAAUUAUUUGCCAUAAAAUGAUUCCUAUAUAUUCUAUUUCUCUUUGUUGUAUGUAGGUGUUAGUGUUUUCGCUGACGAGUUUUGAAGAAGUUAUGGGCACUUUUAGGAGUUUCGGUUGGAGUUUUCCUACUCUGAGGGGUGAUGUAUAAGUAGUAAAACAAUAAUUUACCUGGUUCCCUAAAAUCUUUCAAGGUCAAAGCCUUGAUGGACUUGAUCAUGUGAGGCGGACAAUCUUUCAUCAGUCUGAUAUGGUUUGAUGCUACUCUGGUUUAAAGAUUUAAUGAAUGUAAGCGAGAAGUUCAUAGACCCUAGGAAUUGAUAGAGCCCACAAUUCAUAGACCCUUCUCGGUUACAUUCAUUAAAUCUUUAAGUUAGAGUAGCAUCAAAUCAUGUCUGAUUGCCCACCUGGUUGCCAUGUGAAAUUUAAUAUAUUUGAUCAGUCUUUUCGUCGCUAAGUCCAUCAGUCAAUUAAUCAAACCUUUUCCUAAAACGACUAAACAUAUUAUGAUCCACGGAAACUGCUUCAUAAAAAUUAGUCAUAUUACCAUUGUUCAUUGUCAUAUGUCAAAUGGGAUAACUGCAUUCUGAUAGGCUGUAAUUUCUGCGCCAUUUCUUAGAAACUGUUACUCCUGUGAACAUUACUAUCAGAACACCCCACCAAAAAAAGACCACGUAAGGAGUCGAAGAUCUCCUCAGAAAAUUUUGCUAUAUUGCAGAGGGUAAAUCGUUCUAAAUCGUGCUGAGAUGAUUAUGAACUUGAAACUUCAGCGGGAGAAGGUCGCUCAUGCAAAAAGCCUUUAUCGUGCACAUAGAGACCUCUUUCCAUAUAGUGAGGAGAAAUCCAUUCCGACGUCGUAUCGAGAAGGCCAGCUCCAGUAUUACGGGCUAUUUUAGCCUGUUCUAGGCGCUCAGUUAAUGAAACGAUUGUAAACAGCGCGAUAGUUACAGACGUGUGAAACCGAGGAAGGUUUGGUUCGGGAUCGUUACGUGACCCAACCAAGUUCCUCUCGUUGUUUUUGCUCCACCGCCGCUUUAAUCGCACUGUUUAGAAAUGCGCUGUUCCUUAUUCCGCUGUUUUAUUGACAGUUGCUUGCUUGGAACGGUUUAGGUCUGUUUUCUAUCUUUUGUUGGCUAGAUUUAUAUAUUUUUUAUAUUGAUUUUAGGUUGCCUUUACGGAUCGUACAUUUUCGCAGCUCUGAUUUAUGUCAUAACAACACUUCAUUUCAUGAAGUGCCACAGGUAUCUAUGACUAGUUUCCUAGACAUUUUCGUGUGGAGCAUUAAUGUUCAACAGGACACUUGAGUUUUGUUGGGGAUCAGGGAUGGCACAGUACUGAGUGAAGGCGCCCGUCUCCCUCCGCUUCGACCCGGGUUCUUUUACCGGAUCCGGUGUUAAAUGCUUUGAAGGUUUUUUUCCUCCGGGUCCUCUGAUUUUCCUCGUGGAAACAGUGAACAAGGAGAGUCACCACAUGGAAUGUCCACUGCUAAAUUUCUAUUAAGACACUGUCCGAUCUCGAUCACUUGUCAGUAUUUCUUUCAAAAUUCGUAAUUCUUUAUGGUUAAAGCUCUAAAGCUAAGGUAACUCAUAUAUUUUAUUGAGAACGACCUCAAUACAUGUUUGUGGAAAAAAAAAACUCUCUGACCACCCCCCUUUCUCCCUCCUCCCCUCCCCACCGCCACCGGGUGAUCAAUAAUGACACGUCCCUUAUUCCCAAUGCGAGUUAUAAUAUUUCGGGUUCACGAGUCGAUCGAGUUCGAGUCAAUUUAAAUUACUCCCUUCUUUUAGCUUUUAGAUUUUUUUCUUUUUCUUUUUUUUUUGAUUUCUGUGUCAAAAUGAUGUGAGGGAUACAAGAGCACCUAGUUUUAAGCUUUUUGACGGCCGUUUGUGAGGGUUAAUUCUGCACUGAUCCAGAGCUCCUUGAAUCGAACUUGACUCGUUACUCGAGCUUGACACGGGCUCAAUGUUGACUCGUGAGAUGGUAUUACUCUUGCUGUGCAAGUCUUUUCCUGCAACACAACGCUUACUCGUUUUAAGGCUUUCUUUUGAAUUCGGACUGAAAGAUUAUUAUAACGUCCAUUAUAAUUCUUUCUCCUAGGGACCACAUGCUCCAGCUUUACCGUGGAGAUAGACGCCUAAUGCAAAAUGUUUGCCUCUCGCCGGCCUCUUUUGUGGUAUGGCGAUAAAUUUGCUUUCAACACUCCUAUCAAAAUUAAAGAGAAAAUGACUAACACUUGCCUACACCGAUAUCUGUUGAAACAUUACCUUACAUGAAGGGCAAGAUGAUUUGAAAGGUUGGAAAGCUUUCAGCCUUUUCCAGAAAAUUGAGAAUUUGCUCCCUGAAUAGCCUAAAGAUGGUUGAAUGUAACUGACGACAACAGUCAAAACGCGUCAAGUUCACCUUCACCUUCACCUUCACCUUCACCUUCACCUUCACCUUCACCUUCACCUUCACCUUCACCUUCACCUUCACCUUCACCUUCACCUUCACGUUCGCGUUCACGCUUACGGUCACGGUCACGGUCAUCACAGUUACAGCUACGUUCAUCGUCAUGGUCACGAUCAUGAUUUAAAGGAGGUCACGUACAUUUUCCCUUACUACUGAAUAUUUUGUCUUGAAGGGGAGAAGUUUGAGUUAUACUGGAUACCAAAUCGCCUAUUCCGUGAUCGGUAUGUAUGGUGUUCCUCAAACUUAAAAGCAUUAAAAGCAAUGCAAAAGCUGUAGUUCCAAUUAUCCAUUUUUAUUAUUAAUUACACAGGAACAUCCAGAGUAACAUAUCUGGCGCGAUCCUUUAUAAACGCAAAAGAGGAGGUUUCUUUUCGUUUUUACGUUGCCUAAGAUAAUUAAGAGUUGGAAUAAGUUGAGGGUUUGCAUAACUUUCACGUAUGUUCUAAACACCUCUUGUGUUAAAACAAGGCUUCGUAGAGUGCAAAGUAGUUUCUAAUCAGGUUAUGCAAAUUGUGAGAUAUUCAGAUCUCUAGUAUUGUUUUUUCAAUUUUUCGCUCGUUUCUCUUUGCAGGUUUUGUUGUGUUGUCAAAUUUGGGCUUCCUUCUUUCUCUCAUUCUAAGCUUAGCAAUUCAUUCCAAGAUAAUACGCGAUUUGAUUUUAUCAAUUGCAAAGGGACUUGUGUAAGUAGAUUGAUAAUGUGAAUAGGUUGUUAUAUAUGUUCUUUACAUUUUCCCUCAGGUAUUUAAAUCGUUUUUGUUUGUUUAGCUGUUUGCUGUUUUUUUUUUCCAGACCAUCGAUAGUGCUGGCUGUCAUAUUACGAGUGUUCCAGCGCGUGUUCCUAUCUCGAUAUGUCUUUCGUGACAGAGAAUACCCAAAUUUCUCAGUCGUGAUUGACAACAGGUAACUUAAAAAAAACAGUUUCUGUUUCUAAUAACGUGAUAAGCUGUGCUGCGCACGUACUUUGACUGGUUCUUGACACUUAGAUGACGUCAUGAUAAACACAUUUUCGUUGCUUUAUCAUUGAUUGUUAACGUGGCUGUGUUCAGUUAUGGAUCACAAAAGAUGCCAAUUUAUGGUAAGAAAAUCACUGAACCACUCGGCAAUUUUAUCGAGCGAGUGCUCAGUAUUUUCUUGGCCGCCAACUUUGAUUUUAAUAGUAGCAGAAGGCUGGGGAGAGAAAGAAAUUUGUACCAAGGGGGCGGUCGACGGUCAAAAAUAAGGAGUGGCGUUCACUCUAGCUCCAAGUCAAAAUGGCCGGUCGGAUGAACGAUCGCGAGCUUAUAACGCUAGCUCGCCCUAAUGAGACGCCUCCACUGCAAAGUCAGCUGUGAGCUACUACUGACCAGAAGCGAGUUAACAUGGCGUCUAUGUGUUAGUUAGAGAUUACAUUGGCGUUAAGGAUGGGUGUGCCAUUCUGAGUCUUACUCCUCUUUACCUCCAUGCAACGUUAAAUGAACCAAUUUGUCACAAAAGCUUGCAUUCUUGCACUAUGCACUAUGUAACAUUGGCUGUGUAUGCGAAUUUUCCAACACAAUUUGUCCAAGAUAGUGGCUUUGACGCUUUAUAGAGAAUAUGGCUGUUCGUCUCAUCUGCCAUCUGCAAUUAAAGAAAAUGCUGCUUGUCUUGCCAAAGGCACGAGAUGUUGGCACAAAAAUUUGUUUGUGCGGAAUUUAUCAUAAUGUGCAACCAAUUAGAAUGCUGCAGCUCUAUAGCAAAUCACCUGAAUAAUUUACCUCUCCUCUUCUCUGAAGAAGAUCAUUCUGCUUUUAAGAGGCUUAUCGGGAAUCAGCACAUGGGGCUGCCUCCAGGUUCCUUGACGGUCUUGGCCUUUAUCGAGCAACAUUUACUUGAAAACUUUCGAAACGACAGAUCGUAGGUGGAAAACAUUUUUAUACGCCUAACAGCUAAUUUUUCCGCCACGUAACCGCUAAUGGUUAACCCCACUUAGACGCUCUUCUUUAUGUUUACCUUCUUGAAAAUAGUCCACGUUUUCUACUCGACAUUGUUCCUCUCACUAUAAACAGCUAUUCAUUAUUUCUAUGUUUCACUUUUUUCUAUUUUGUUCUCGUUUUGGAAUCAUUUUUCAGACGACUGUUCUCUAUCAUGUCGUAUGCGUUCGUGUUCCUCAACACCAUUGUUGGAGUCCUGUCAGGUCUUCUUCGCAUAGCUAAAGCUAUGAUUCUCGGGCUUUUCUUCUUCUCGCGUCUCGACCGAACUGUUUUAAUGCCAGGAUUUCAGAGAUGGGACAAAGGUAAGCUCUCCGAAAAAACGCAUGCUUAGAAAGUUAAUUCCUCCGUGUACCUAUAAUCUGCCAUUCAGUGCUUGCCAAACGGCUGUAUCUCUGCCAAAAAGUUGAAACAUUGGGUAACUGCUUGUUGCUUCUCAGACUUUGUUUCUUGCUGCGUUUGAUUUUCUCAAAUUACCAAAGCAUUUGAAUAAAAAUGGAACACAGCAUAAGGGACUGUUAAUAAUUUUUGGCCUGGGGGAAGGGGAUCGGAGGAUUUUGGUUGUGUCACAAUAUAAUCUACCCGACCCUCAAUAAGACUCCGUAGUAUUCUAAUGAAUUCCCCCUUUAAUCCUUAUUGGCAGUCAAUUUGCUAUAGUUCCCCCCUUUCAACUCUGUAAGAGACGACUGAUUCCCCUUCCUCCCCCACUGAAAGCCAUGCGAUCACUUGCAAAAUCCUCUUUCCCCUUCUCAACCCCAGUGAUAAAUUAUGUUUGGUAAAGAUACUUUAGCCAUGCUUCAACUAAAAGGACCUCAACGGCAACGCAGACUUCAGUUAAAUCCCCAUCUAACGCCCAUUUUCCCCUUCAACUUAACGAACAGGUUUUGUUGCGUAUCUUGGAUUUCUUCAUGUGUUGGUAGCCCACAGACACCCUGUUGUGUUAAUGUUCUGCCAAUUGCUCAUUGAAAGCAACAAGGCGACAACUUCGGAGGAGAAGCGUAAGCAACUUUUAAGAAAUUAAAUUCUUCUGAUCUCGGAAGAACACAUUGAGAGUAGCAACUCGAGAAGGAUUGGUUAAUCAGACAAUCAGUCGCUCGGUCAGUAACCAAGUGAAUCAAUUCGUCAGUCAAUCAGUCAGUCAGUCAGUCCAUCAGUCCGUCCGUCAGUCAGUCAGUCAGUCCGUCAGUCAAUAAGCAAUAAGUAAAUGUGUCAGCGUGUCAGUUAUUCAGCCUGCCUCUCUGUUUGUCAGUCAGUCAGUCAGUCCAUCAGUCCGUCCGUCACUCAGUCAGUCAGUCCGUCAGUCAAUAAGCAAUAAGUAAAUGUGUCAGCGUGUCAGUUAUUCAGUAUGCCUCUCUGUUUGUCCGUCUAUCUGUUAUUCCGAUAUUUUUCUCACCCGAACUGUCUUUUAUUAACAAUUAUUCGUCGAAGGCGAAGUGAAUACUGUUGAAUAAUUUCCGUAUCAAUGUUCACUGAACCUGAGGCGAAUAACAUUUAGUACAGUUGCUCAGGUGCUUUCGAAUAACUUUGCAAAUUAUUUAAACAAAGAAAGCAUUUCGCAUAUUUUGUUACAACUGUGUUGAUUACUCGUAUCUACGUACAUAAGAAAGAAAAUUUAUCAGUGUCAUUUAAUGCCAUUGAAAGCCGUAUUCCACCAAACUCAGUAUGAUAGCAUCUUUUGUGCUUUUUUCAAUUGAAAUUUUUUUCCUAUCACAUUUAUCACUUCCUUGGAAACGAAGUGAUUAAGGCGAGAUAUGACGCAAUCCUCGACCAAUCAGAUUGCGCGCACCUCUACAACUAAAUAUAGCUGUGUUUAACAAACUGACUUAAAAAUCUGUCCGUCACAGAACAUUCCAACAUUUCCGUACAGCCAAACAACGCUGAGGAGCCAAAACAAGUCACAGGUAUGUCACUUAAUUAAUAUAACGUAGCUUUAUCGGACAGUGCAUGAGUUCCGUUUUUAAGGGAGUCUACAUAUAGAUUGGAUUUUCUCAAAUACACUUUAGUAAUACAGUUUAUGUAUUUUGAAACAGGAUUCAAACGCGAAAUCCGCCAUCCACGCCUGUCACAGAGGGUAGUCAACCGCUGGCUUCUGGCUGUAACUCUUCUCCGUAAUCCCACGCUCAUACAGUAUCGUCACCAUUCCUUUUCGGUACCUAUUGAACAGAGUGAGGUCGAUACGUCUUCAAUAGCAGUUUUAGUCGAUUCUAUGGUCUAAUAUUCACGUUUAGCUCAUAGCACAUAAAUAGUUUAAGGAUUAAAUGAAGGGCAUUGUAAUAACUAAGUGCUGUAAGGUAUAUAGCUGUUUGGAGAAAGUUUAUCAGAAAAUAACGGAAAAAACUUCACGCGACAACCUCGGAAAAUAAUGUGGGUAUCCAGUCAUCAAUAAAUUUUAAUAAGUGAAAGAAAAUAAAUCAGUUAAUCAAACUCGUUGUACGUACAAUGACGUUUCUCAGAUUUCCCUUGUAUCCUGAGUUUAAGGUGCCGUGAACUAAAAACUAUCCACAAUACCUUUAGUGGUUGCAUUGUCGUGUGCAUGUUUACACUUUUUUAGGACCACCUCUCUCGAAACAGCUGUAUAUUCUAUGAUAGGUUUAUGCUUCAAGUUAAAUACUGCCCGAAAAAAACUGCUCAUUAUGUCAAAAUAUAGUAAAAUAUUUUCUUUUGUUUUUCUUAAUAUAGUUUAUCAUCGUGAAACUUAAAGUUCGACUGCGUCUUUAAGACUAAAGUAGACUAAAGUAGUAUAUUAAAUAACAAUGAGGUCUAAUAGUACUGAAACACUGGGGGGGGCUGAUAAUUUUGCAGACGAUGGACCUUUGUUUGGUUUUCUUAACAUGGUUUAUCAUUACUUUUGUAACUCUCAAAGCCCAAUUCGUCGCCCCAAAAUGAAAAAGGAUCUUAGAGGACCUAAAUUGGGAAAUCAAGUUUUGUGUUUAAUCUAUAAGAGCAUUUGUGGGCUAUUUAAGCUAUACGUGCGCCCUCCGUUCAAAAUUUUUUCCGCAUUUGCGACAGGCCUGAACUAAAUAAGCUAAAAUCAAUCAGCAAAACUCCGAAAGUGAAAUACGCGUCCGAUUGCAUGGGUUUUAUAGGUGUCCGUUAAAAAUAUCUUUGGACAGGCCUGAGGACUCAGGGUGAUUCCUUCGGGCAAGAUCAUCUUGCUACUGGACGCCGGGCACUAUUCGACGCAAUCUGUUUUGUGACCUCUUCGGUAAAAUAAAAUCUGUAUUUAGCGGUCACCCGUGGGGAAUAGCGUGGUGACAGCUAAUAUGGGUUGGCUGCUUAAUACAGGUUCCGCAGAAUAAAUAAGGGUACUACAAAGGAACGAUAUAAAUCGUCAUUUUAUGCCAAAAUUGUACAAAACUUUGCCUCAAAAUACUACUGACGUUAACUUCGGAUUAAAUUUUACUUGGAUGAUUAUUGAAAGUGUUAUUUGAGUGGUUCCGCUCUAAGGGAUAUUUCAAUAAAGGUGGAAGACAGUGCAGAGAGGCCGUUGGGACUCUGGCAAGGGUAACCACGACCGCUUAAUAGAGGUGACCGCUGUUCAGAGGUGAAAAUUAAAGCAAUAAAGGGGUAAAUUUCGCGACUUUGACAACCGAUCGCUUAAAACGGUGCCUCUUAAAACAGGUUUGACAUUAUUAUUCAAGUGUAACUGGUGUCAACCUCUUCACCAGGCGUAAAGGCCGCUUUAAAAAGGCAGCGUGGACAUCAUUCUGACUUUCCGUAACACCACACUUGUACCAUUACAUACUGCAGGGUUACUUACCAUCUUGUCGGCUUUAUCACCUUCUUGCUGUUUGUCUUACGCGCAAUAAAAUUCCUCUUAG